GUCAAUUCACAGUGUGGCCAGCAAGGUUGCUGGUCGUGGCAGCACGACAGACCGGCACGUACAGUUGUUUCUUUUGUAUUAAUAGAGGUUGUGUAAUACAUUUUCAAAAGGACACUGGGGAAUUUUGUGUAAACGACCUGGUAUCGAACUUCAAGUCUGCUUCGUCUUGGUAACGUUAGUUUGUAAGCAACGAAAACUUUAAACCGUGCCUCACCUCUCUUGUUGUUGUUCUCACGUGUCGUCUCUCAGGAGGAGACCAAAAUGUCACCAUUGAUUAAACAAGCUGGCCUUUUUCUUAUGGCAGUGUUCAUUUUGCCCAAGACAACUCAGUCAAAGAAAGAUGAAUUGCUCUACUGUUCAGCCUGCUUGGCAAUUGCAGAUGAAUUGAACUAUUCAAUCAGUCAAACUGAUCCAAAAAAGACAAUUCAUGUUGGUGGAUUCAGACUCAACCCAGAUGGAAGUCUUACUGAUAAAAAGGUUCCUCUUGUUAGGUCAGAGACUCACUUGACAGAACUGCUGGAAGGAGUUUGUAACAGCAUGAGUGAUUAUGCUCUCUAUGAAGACCCUGUCUCUAAAGAAAAGAGCUACAAGAGGUUUGCACCCAGAGACAAUGAUGGCGGGAAUUUUCCGGAUUUUAAAAAUUUUAAGUUUGAUGGACCAGAGGGUUCCACGGCUUUGAAAUUUGCUUGUGAAAGCAUCGUAGAAGAACUGGAAGAUGAUAUCCUCUCUCUCUUCGCCACUGAGUCAGAUCAUGUGGCUAAGACGCUGUGCAAUGAACUAUCAGAGUGACUGGCCUUAGGAACCCCAGCCAUUCAGAAUUUGGUAAGACCUCUUUAGGGAGAAGAAAAUAUGAAUGUGCAUUUAUGAGGUAAGUUGAAACACUGAAGAAUUGAAGUUGCUGGUCUUUAGAGUUAACUCUAGUUUGUUGUAUGGAUUUUAAAUCUUCGAACAUUUGCGAACCCUAAAGGUUGGCAGUAGCCUACACUCUUUAAAAAUAAAGGUUCUUGAAAGGUUCUUCAGUGAUGCCAUAGAAGAACCUUUUUUGGUUCUUCAAAAAAACAUGUAUUUUAUACAUUUUUAUAAUCUUUUGUGAAACGUAAAGGUUCUUCAGAUAUUACAGGUGCUUUGAAAAACCAUUUAAACAGAAAAUGUUCUUCUAUAGCAUCGUAAAGCACCUUUUAUUUUUGACUCUUGGAUGAAACCGCUUAAGGAAGGAAUGUGUUAAGUUUUAUGGUCACUGAAUUUUUUUGCUCAUUUUUCCGUGGCAUUCUCACGGAUCUCCGCAUUUUUCCGUGGCCCUGCCACGGACUGUCUUUUUCCGUGGCAUUCUCACGGAUUGGUUACUUAACUGUUUUCAUAAAAUGACAUCCUUACCUAAACCCAACUCUAACCCCAAGGCCAGGCGACAAUUGUUUAAAGUUUAGAAAAUAUAAAAUAAUAAAUCAGAAAAAAAUAGUAUAAACCAAUACUUAAAGUUAGGUACUAACGCAAACACCAAAUCUAACCCUAAACCGAAGCGACAAUGGUUUGAAAAUAGGAAAAAGCAGUUGAGUAACCAAUCCGUCACAAUGCCACGAAAAAGACAGUCCGUGGCACGGCCACGGAAAAUGCGGAGAUCAGUGAGAAUGACACGGAAAAAUUUGCAAAAAAUUCCCUGACUAUCUCACGGAACUUUGUUAGAUCAUGUUGCAAAAAUGACACCACUUUGCUUCACAGAACUGAAUGUUUCAAGAACUAUAUCAGACACUUUCAUUUCAAAAUAAGUUUCAAAAUAGUGAGAGCAAUUAAUGAGGUGCCUUGAAGAUCUGUGUUGAAGGAGGUGAUGAAAUGUGGAUGAAAAGAAAUGAGCCACCUGCAGCUGUGACAGGAGGCUUUGACCUUCAACGGGGUCUCCCGGCCACAGACUUUAUUCAGAAGCCUAGCUGUGCGUCUGAGCAGCAACUGCCUUUCUCUUCCUGGUGAAAACUCAUCGAGUCAGUGGCCGUUGGGCGUUACUUCCACAUACAAGCCUGGCAAGAAUAGAAAUGCAGAUGAGACUCUGUGGCAUUGAGGAACAGGUCAAUGCUGGGAAUGGUUCUCAGAGAUAGUUCGCCUUUUGUGUUGGACCUAUUCACUAAUGCGACUUCUCUAGAAAUGUUUUCGUGGCAUCAGGUAACACUUAAGAAUGUGUUAGGUUUUUCUGGUUUGUUGUUGAGCAUUAACAGUGCCCAUAGGUUAUGCCCACUGUGUAAAUACAUCAGAGCAUUAUUUACAAACACUAAAACUACCUUAAUAUUUGUUAUAUGAAAUGAAUCAUGAAUGUUAUAUUACGUUUAAUAUUGCACUGAUUUAUGGAUUUAAUUGCUUAUGUAGGCUACUCUUUGAAUAACUACCAAACACGUGUUUUAAACUGGUGGAAAAGUGCUUAACGGUAAAUGCUCUUAAAAAACUUGAUUAUAUUAUAAUAAUAGACAAAACUUUAAACUGAGUUAGAAAUAACUGACCGCCAUCAGUGUAUUUCAGUUUCAUUGAAUUGUUUGUUGCCGUCUUAAUUCUUAACAUUCUGACUGAACUUGCAUUUAAAAGCAGCAUUUGACUCCCCCAAGUGUUGAUAGUUGGACUAAAUCUGAGUUUAGACGAAAGUCUUGUUUAUUUAUGUAUAACCAGAUCCCAGGAUAUAUUUUUGGAGCGGACCAGGUGGGUAACAUAUCCCAUAAUGAUCUAUAGUGACCAAAAUUUAUUAUUCAGGUGUUUUUUUUUCUCACAUUCAAGACUCCCUGAUUGUGAUCGAGCUAGAAAGUUUAAGAGCACGUACCCUUCAACUUGUCAUGCUCAAACGUUUGUGCCAUUAUACUUAUAACAAUGAGUCAGUUAAAUUUUGGAUAUUCGUAUGUUUUAAGCAUGUUUUAAAUGUAUUAUUUUUUUCUCAUUGCUGCACAUCUACGGCUGUUUUUACUUAGCCUAUUUUAAAUUGUUUAUAUUUUUUAAUGCCAAUCUCCACAAAACUUUAUGCCCCGCCUUCUUAAGCAGCUAAAUUUGAAUCCAGUGUUGAAAAACAAAUCCUGCUUCAGAUAAAAAAAAUUGUAUUUCAGCUCCCAUGCAGACAUUACCUUCCUCCAUUUAAAAACAUUUGUCAACCCUCCACAAUGGUACAAUAAAUCUUUAUUUUCUUGUCUUCCAGUUCUCAUCUGAAACCGUUACACAAGUAAACGUUAUAGAAAUGUACAUCUGUGUAAUGCCAAACCAGUGACUUAUAUAAUCAGAAAAUAAAGUUAACUUCUGUA